GGGGAAGACAUUUCCAGACGGGCAGGGAUUGUUUCCUGUUGUCCGCGAAGUUUUAACGAUCCGUCAACAAACGCCAUCCUCAUGUUGAGAAUCAAAUAAGUAUAUAUAAAUAACAGAGUACUAUGAAAUGAAAGAAUUGUUCUACGAGGCUAUACAAUGAUGCCAGGUUUACAUAUGAUUCGCAGCGUUACAGAAAUGCACUCUGUCGGGUUUACAAUGACAAAGUAGCUAACGUUAGCUAAGGCUGGCAUGUCUGAGUACUCCGUGUUAUUGAAGCACAUGCGUUGUUGAGUAUGUGGAGGACAGGUCGUGUCCUGAAUUUGAGGCUGGCAGGGAGAGAAGCAGCCAGACUCUGUUCCAGCAACCCACCGAAACCUUCACCCCCCUCUUCAUCUCAGUCAAAGUCUUCUCCACGACCCCAAGCAGAGAAACAGAGGCGCAGACGAGAGAGAGAGGAGGCCAUACUGUCAAGUCAACACAUAACUACUGCAGAUGAAGAACUGAAAUGGAGUGAGAAGCAGAAGAUAGCAUACACCACUAAGACACCUCCUGGGACAAAGAAAGACACCAGCUUGCUGUUCCCAUCCGCGUACAAUCCGGAGUAUGUGGAGUCCAGCUGGUAUCAGUGGUGGGAGAAAGAGGGAUUCUUUAGUCCAGAGCAACAUGAGAGGUUACCUCACAUUGUGGACCAGACCUUCUCUCUGUGUAUUCCUCCACCAAAUGUGACCGGCUCUCUGCACCUGGGCCAUGCUCUGACUGUAGCUGUAGAAGACGCGCUGGUUCGAUGGAGAAGGAUGCAGGGCUACAGAGUGUUGUGGGUCCCUGGAUGUGACCAUGCAGGAAUUGCAACACAGACAGUGGUGGAGAGGAGGCUGCUGAGGGAAGAAGGGAAGCGCAGACAGGACUUCACCAGGCAAGAGUUUCUACAGGAGGUGUGGAAAUGGAAGAACGAGAAAGGAGAAGAGAUCUACCACCAGCUGAGAAGGCUCGGUGCUUCUCUGGACUGGAGCAGAGCGUGUUUCACUAUGGAUCCAGGUUUCAGCAGGGCUGUGACUGAGGCCUUCGUCAGGCUGUGUGAUUGUGGUCUGAUUUAUCGCUCAGAAGGUUUGGUCAACUGGAGCUGUGCUCUGGAAUCUGCUAUCUCUGACAUAGAGGUUGACUCAAAGCAGCUGUCUGGGCAGACCAUGUUGUCUGUUCCUGGUUAUGAAAACAAGGUGGAGUUUGGAACAAUGCUUACUUUUGCGUACCCUAUAGAAGGCCAAGAAGCAGAGGUGGCAGUGUCCACCACCCGUCCUGAGACUAUGCUGGGAGAUGUGGCUGUAGCUGUUCACCCUGAUGAUCCUCGAUAUCAGGCUGUUCAUGGGAAGCUGUGCAGACACCCCUUCACAGACAGACUCCUGCCCAUCAUCACAGAUUCAAUGGUGGACAUGGAGCUAGGAACCGGUGCAGUGAAGGUGACUCCUGCUCAUGACCACACUGACUUCCUGCUGUCACAGAGACACUCACUGCCACGACUCACUGUGAUUGGAGGAGAUGGCACCAUGAGGCCCCCCUGUGGGCAAUGGCUCGAGGGGGUGAAGCGAUUUGAUGCUAGACAGUUCGUUGUGGAUGCCUUGUUUGAGAAGAAACUGUUCAGAGGAAAGAAGAGUCACGCCAUGACCUUACCUGUCUGCAGUCGCUCAGGAGAUAUCAUUGAACCUCUUCUAAAGAAGCAGUGGUACAUCCACUGUGAUGAAAUGGCUAAAAAGGCUACACAGGCUGUGGAGGACGGACAGCUGGAAAUCAUCCCUCACUUCUACACCAAGACAUGGAAGAACUGGCUGUCCAACAUCAGUGAUUGGUGCAUUUCCAGGCAGCUUUGGUGGGGUCAUCAGAUCCCUGCUUACCAAGUGGAGCUUCCUAACUCUACUGACAAACAAGAGGUUGGGUCUGUGGAUGAGCAGUGGGUUUGGGGACGGAGCAAGGGCGAGGCCCGACAGAGAGCAGCUAUCAAAUAUGGAUUGAAGCCAGAAGACAUCACUUUGACUCAGGACCCUGAUGUCCUGGAUACAUGGUUCUCCUCUGGGCUGUUUCCCUUUGCCAUGCUGGGCUGGCCUGAACAGACCACCGACCUUCAACGCUUCUACCCCAACUCAAUUCUAGAGACAGGCAGUGACCUAAUCUUCUUCUGGGUUGCAAGGAUGGUGAUGCUGGGCACAGAGCUGACCGGACAGCUGCCCUUUAAAAAGGUUCUAUUUCACUCUCUGGUGAGAGACAAACAUGGCAGGAAAAUGAGUAAAUCUCUGGGAAAUGUCAUCGACCCAUUAGAUGUUAUACAUGGGGUCUCUUUGGAGAGACUUCAAGAGAAGGUAAAGGAGGGGAACCUUGACCCCAGGGAGCAACUGGUUGCCAUGGAAGCACAGAGGAAAGACUUCCCCAAGGGAAUCCCUCAGUGUGGGACUGACGCUCUGAGAUUUGCCCUUUGCUCUCACAAGAUGCAGGGAGAAGACAUCAGUCUGUCUAUCUCUCAGGUCCUUAGCUGCAGAAAGUUCUGUAAUAAAAUGUGGCAGACACUGAGAUUCACACUUGGAGUGCUGGGUAACAACACAACACCAGUGGGAGCACUGGAAGAGACGACUCCUCUGAGCAGCAUGGACCGCUGGAUCUGCUCCAGACUCUACAGCACAGUAAAACAGUGCGAGCAGGCCUUUGAAGCCUUUGAGCUGCAUAUUGUCACAUCUGUCCUGUACUCCUUCUGGGUCCACAGCCUGUGUGAUGUCUACAUGGAGUACGUGAAGUCUUUGCUGGUCCAGCAGGGUGAGGGGACCGUUGUCCAGACUGACACAGAGCACAGUGGCAGAUCAAGGCAUAUGGCGGGCAGUGUCCUCUAUCAUUGUGUAUCUACGUCCCUGGCCCUGCUCUCUCCCUUCAUGCCCUUCAUCACUGAGGAGCUGUGGCAAAGACUCCAGCCAGUUAGACCUGGAGCUGCAGCCCAGACCAGCCUGUGUUUACAGCUGUACCCCUGCUCCUCUCAGCUGGAACACUGGCAUUUCCCUAAGGAGGAAAGAGAUUUCAUGCUGGUCCAGGAAGUGAUCCGAGUGGCCCGCUCAAUACGAGCUCAGUGCGGCAUGACCAAAGAAAAGCCAGCCAUGUGGGCAGUGUGUUCACCCAGCCAAGCCAAAGUCCUGCUUCACUUUGGGUCAGCUGUUUGGACUUUAAGCCGUAUCUCCAACCUCCAUAUCUACUGUCCUCAUAGAGGAAAUGACCUCCUCUCUGUCCACUCCACUCCUCCACCUGAGGGAGGCCUCAUUGGUGUGGUGAACCAUGAAUGUCAGCUACACCUUCACAUUCAGAGUAGAACAAACAUUGACAAACAGAUGAGACAGCUCUCCCAGCGCAAAGACAAGCUUGUUCCAAAGCUGAAGGAAAUCCUCUGCAGAGUCCAGUCUCCAGACUACCUGACCAAGGUUCCUGCUCAUGUCAGGCUGAAGAUGGACAGUAAGAUGUCAGCUUUGCAGCAGGAACUGAAGACUAUUGAGGAGCAGCUAAGGGUCCUGCAGGAGACACAAACAACAGGAUAACUACAGCCAAUAACUGUAUGGACUGCUGGACAUCAGAACUGAUGAACUUGAUCAACUAUUUAUAAUUUCGUCUGAGCCCAAGAUCUCUACACUGCUUGAAUGAAGGAGACGUUGCAUAAUAUCAGCAUUUUGUUGUUUAUAUAAUGCAGUAUCCCUGUGAGAUACUGCACUGUGUAAUUAACAACUCACCUGCAGAUGGAGUCGUGGCAGACUGCAGGAAUCCAUUGAAAGUGAAUGCACAGAUGGCAAGAUGGGAAUUUUCAGCAGGUCGUUGGUUGCUCCUGAUCAGCAAGUAUUUGUGUCCUGUCUUGGCCUUUUAAGAUCACAAAAUGUCUUUUUUGCCAUUUUAACAAACUUUAUUGAUGAUUAGUUUUUCUUUAACUUGAUUAAAGGUGAAUCCUUGGGGGUGUCAGAAUAUGUAAGAUAUCAGGUUUAAUUUGCUGUAAAUAAAAAGCCUAGUUAUGUUGAAACUGUCA